UUAUGGGACAAAGCAUUACUAUUGACCCACUUGUUGAAGGAUCACUAAUCUUAAGACAUGGAAAUGAGUCUUGGAUAAAUCAGAUAACAAGGGUUUUUUGUGCAUUGCGAAAAGCUAAUGAUAAUCUGGAUAAAUAUUAUGAAAAAAUUAUAAAUUCAGAAGAGUAUCUUCAAGUUCAAGUAGAAAGAAGGCAAGCACGUUAUCCUUUUCUAAAAAAAUAUGAAUCAACAUCUAAAGAAUCUGUAGAUAUUGAAUAUUUAAAGCGUAUUGAAAGUGAAAAUAAGAAGCUUGUUUUUUUGGUAAUGGAAUCAGGAAUAAAACGAAUUCUGAAAUUUACUACUUUAUAUAAUGCAGAAGUACACAAAUUCUGCUUCGAUCAAGGUUUUGCACCAGAAUUGAUAAAAAUUGGUAACAUUGAGAACACAGACUUCAAAUUUGUUAUUAUGGAAUAUCUUGAUGAAUUUAAAAUUAUUUUGGAAAUAUGGAGUGAUUUAAAUGAGGAAGAAAAGAUAGAAUUAAAAAAAAAGAUUUUAGAUGCA